AUGUUUCGAGCUCGUCGAUACCGAGUUCUGGUCAUAUUUGCGGCGGCUGUCGUCUUCACAUUCUUCCACUUUGCGAGGUCACGCGAUUGGAGCUAUACAGUCAUUGAAGAGUCUACUGGCGUUCAUACACCCAAUCCUGCCCAUCCGAAUCAACCCGCGAACCCCAAAUUCGAAGAUCCGGCCGCUGCUGCCGCCAUCGAGGAGAGUAAAAACCGUGUGCUUCCCGAUCCCUACCGCGGCUCCACCUCCCCACCACAGCCAGAGAAAAUACUCUCGCCCGUGGGUCCCAAUAGCGGCUCAAAGGAUAGCGGUCGUUUUAAAGAUGCUUCCGACGCUCCUCCGGUGAAAACGCCCAUUAAGGAUGACCCGAAGGACUCCGCAAAGGACUCCACGAAGGAACCGGCGAAGGUUGGCAGCACCGACAGCUUAUCACCACCCACAACGGAGAACGUCAAUAGUGCAAAUGGGGAGGAGAUAGACAAUGGAGGAGCUGGCAGAAAGGCAGCGGAGCGCCCUGAAUCUGGCAUCCCAACGGCCAAGUGGAAGAAAUUCCCGGAACGUUUCCCCGUCCCUGCAGAGGAGGUGAUCAAGCUGCCAAAGGAACAAUCGAAAACGAUCCCCAAGCUGCAAGCGAAGUUCAAGGAUGAGUCGAGCUCCGACAAGCAAGAACGUCUACAACGGCUUAGCACUAUCAAGGCCGAGUUCGCGCAUGCCUGGAAAGGUUAUAAGGAGGUCUCGAUGGGACAUGACGAAGUCAAGCCUCUGUCAAAGGAAUUUGAAGACCCAUUCAAUGGUUGGGGAGCGACAUUGGUUGAUUCCAUUGAUACACUCUGGAUUAUGCAAUUGAAAGAUGAAUUCUCGGAGGCUUUGGAUCUGAUCAAAAACAUUGAUUUCAAAACGUCACUGAGAGCAGAUAUUCCGAUGUUUGAGACAACAAUCCGCUAUCUUGGAGGUCUUUUGGGUGCCUAUGACAUUUCUGGUCAUCGAUAUCCGGUACUUUUGGAGAAAGCAGAGGAGCUUGCUGAGGUUCUCAUUGGUGCCUUUGACACACCUAACCGCAUGCCACACCUUUACUAUCGCUGGGCCCCGGAGUAUGUUGCGAAACCGCAUCGAGCGUCUUCCCGAGCUGGCCUGGCUGAAAUUGGCUCGCUUUCCUUGGAAUUUACCCGUUUGGCUCAAUUGACCAAGCGGGACAAAUACUAUGAUGCGAUUGCACGGAUUACCAACCAAUUGGAAAAAAUCCAAGAUUCAACAAGCAUCCCUGGACUGUGGCCUCUACGGGUCAAUGCGCAGGGAUGUUCCAAGUACUCCAAGGCUACUCCCCCGCGUGAUAACAGCCCUACGCGCGAGCAGCACGCUGCUAGUACGACCAAGAGCACUACUACGAUAACCCGCAGGCCUUACGCUGCACCGACAGACCUUGAGAGUUAUUUGAAGCUGAUCCCACGCGAUACAACCGCUGACAUCGAAGGACAUGCCAAACCUGCCAACGAUACGCGAGCUGCGAAUGAACCUAGCAUUCACGCCCGCGAACAAAACACACCAUCAGCAGAGCAAUGCAAUGGCGGCUUGAGACUUCCCAAUUCACCCCGCGAUAACGUGUACACUAUGGGAGGAAUGGCCGACUCGACAUAUGAAUACCUGCCCAAGGAAUACCUGCUACUGGGAGGCCUGAACGAGCAAUACCUGAAUAUGUAUAAAAAGGCAGCCACUGCGGCCCGCAACAAUCUUCUUUUCCAGCCCAUGGUGAAAGGUGGACGUGAUAUCCGCUUCAUGGCCUUGACUACUCCAAUAACACCUGGAAAAGUUGCAGAACUCACUCCCACUGAUCUUGAAUACGAAGGCGCUCACUUGACAUGUUUCAUCGGUGGCAUGUUCGCCAUAGGAGCCAAGGCCUUUGGCAUCGAUGGUGAUCUGGAACUCGCAGCCAAACUGACUGAGGGUUGUGUUUGGGCUUACGAGUCGACACAGACCGGAAUUAUGCCUGAACGCUUCCGCCUUUUGCCCUGUGAGAAAGGGUCGGCCUGCGAGUGGGAUCAAGCCCGCUUUGAGGCUGGCGUGGCGCGCUACUCGCGUGUAGACCCCGGUGCAGGACAUUCGUUCCGCAAUGGAGAGAGCAGCUACGAACAGCGCGUGAAUAUGAUUGCGCACGAUGCACCUCAAGGAGCCGCGAGCAAGUCUGUGCCCAUCCCCAUGCCGGGUUCAUUAAACCCCCACGAUAGCGACGUGUUGGUCAAGCGCGAUAGACUUGCAUUAGAAAAUAAGGCGGAGGCAUCGUCUGCUGCUUCAAUCCCGACCCCUACUCCCGGUGAAGCUGGACUGCAGAACCGAGAUGCACCUCGUUCAACUUCAUCGCCCGCUUCACCACAGAUCGCCGAAGUCGGCAAAGACCACCUCCCAGCAGGCAUGACCAGUAUCCCGUCGCCGAAAUACUACCUUCGGCCCGAGGCGAUUGAGUCAGUCUUUAUUAUGUACCGUCUGACUGGCGAUGAAUCCUGGCGACGCAAGGGGUGGCAGAUGUUCGAAGCCAUCUCGAAGUAUACUCGAACGGAGCUGGCUAACGCGGCCAUCCACGAUGUCACAGCCCAGAAGCCGAUCCAUAAGGAUACUAUGGAGUCUUUCUGGCUAUCUGAGACGUUGAAGUACUUCUACCUUUUGUUCAGCGACCCUACUGUCGUGGACUUGGAUAAAUAUGUUCUGAAUACCGAAGCGCAUCCAUUCUUGCGCCCGGUUGCAUAA